GCAUAUAAUUAUGAAGUUCCUCAGGAGUGCUCGUGUCGGUCACCUCACCGAUCCUCUUAGGUUUCCUUUUGGCAACACCUUCAUCACUUCAUCUACUGAAUAUUUGCACACUUGAGGAUGAAGAUGAACGAUUCACUUCGCGCGUUUGACUUUGAGCGUCAGUUUGAUGAUCGAGUCGCGCUGGAAUGGUUUCAGCAGAACUGGGGAACAGCGUUCGUUCUGUCUGGGACGUAUGCGGUGCUUAUAUAUCUUGGACGCAGCUUUAUGAAGCGCCGGGAGAAGCUGGACCUGCGGACGCCGCUCAUGCUCUGGUCACUAAGUCUGGCCGUAUUCAGUAUAAUGGGCGCGCUGCGGACGGGCUGGUACAUGUUCAAUGUGGUGACGACACAUGGCUUCCGGCAGUCUGUGUGUGACACUGCCUUCUACAGCGCCCCCGUCAGCAAGUUCUGGGCGUUUGCGUUCGCUCUGAGUAAAGCGCCUGAGCUCGGUGACACGCUGUUCAUUGUCCUGCGGAAGCAGCGUCUGAUCUUCCUGCACUGGUAUCACCACAUCACCGUCCUGCUCUACAGCUGGUACUCGUAUAAAGACCACGUGGCCGGCGGCGGCUGGUUCAUGACCAUCAACUACACCGUCCACGCGUUCAUGUACAGUUACUACACCGCUAGAGCGGCGGGUACGCGCGUGCCAAAGCCGUUCGCCAUGCUGAUCACGGCGAUGCAGAUCGCGCAGAUGCUCGCGGGUUUGAGCGUGCUGGGGCUCGUCUACAGCUGGAAAGACGACGUCCACUGCGUGUCCACCAUGCACAACAUCAUCUACGGAUCAGCGAUGUACCUCAGCUACCUGCUGCUCUUCUCUGUUUUCUUCUAUCAGUCUUACCUCAAACGCCCUGCAGACGAGAAGAGAGUGAAACGAGAGUGAAGAACUUCCACCCUGAAUGCUUAGGUGUUCUUUUAAAUAUGCAAAGCAUCCAUAAAGUAUGUGUAAAAGCACUAGUUUGCAUGUUCAGAGACUAAAAUAUUAGGCUGCAUCAUCAUAUUUCACCUCAGAAUAUAAGAAAUUAUAUAAUAAAGCCCAUUUUUAGCACAGUUGAAUUGUGAGCUUUUUAAUGCAAAAUUUUUUAUUGUUCUUAGUGUUGGGAAACGUUACUUUUAAAAAUAAUGCAUUACAAUGUAAUUACUUUUGCUUUGCACAGUAACUAUUUUUGGUAAAAGUAAUGUUACAUUACUAGUUACUUGAAAAAAGUAAUCUGAUUACUUUACUCACGUUUCUUGUAAUGCACCAAACACUGAAAUGGGCUUCAUUUUAUUCAUGCAAAAUAUCAUUUUAUGUUUUUCUAAUGAUUUUUGGGGUGAAAUGUGACUGUUGAAAUGUUCAUCAAUGGAAGUUAAUGAGUUAAGUGUGUUAAUGUUUACAAAAGAUUGAUUUUGUCACAGUGAAACAAGGACAGAUUCUCCUCUGAUGUCUGUAAGUGAUGACAGAAUGAAAUGCAAAAUCACACUGUAAAUGUGAACAUGUAAAAAUCAUUUAAGAGGAUAUGCUUAAAAAGCAGUUUAUGUUGUAAAGUGUCAGUAAAAAUGACUCUCUUGUGAUUUAGCAUGUUAUAUUUCAGCACUUCAGAGUCCUAGACGUACUGUAAAGGACAUGUUUAACAAUCUUAAAGUGCUUUUGUAUGUCAGAAAUAUCUGUGUGUAACUCUAUAAACAGGUUUGACUGGCAGAACACAGAGUGUUUAUUGUGCAGAAGGUUGUUGAGGCCCGUCAGACCUGACAGUAAACUCGUCUUUCUGGUUAGUCAACAUAAGCAGUUUGAGUUCAUCUUGUUGAUGUAUGCAGUUAUUAUCAUAAACAAUCUGCCUGAUAGAUGCAGUAAUGCUGUACAACCUGAUGCUCAUUCAGAGGAAUGUGUUUUGGGUUCUGUCUGUAAAUCUGUGACCCGGGAUGGAGAUUUAUUGUCUUCUCAGCUAACGAAAAUAUGUUCUCAUUUUGCUAAUGCUCCCAUUAAGUUUAAAAAAAAAAAAAAAAAAAAAGAUUUCUAAAUGUUUUAAAACAUCCAGUUUUUUAAAUGUUUUGAAAAUGUUCUCUUGUUUAUGCAAAUGUUAAAGGAACAUUCCAUUUUAUCAUCUUCAAACAUUAUGUGAACGUUACUUUUGAAUGUUUUCUGAACGUUCUAAAGCAAAAAAAUGUUAAACUAAAAUGUUUCAGAAAAAAACAUUCCAUGAACGAUGUAUAAAUAAUUUGUGCUAACGUUUUGAGAACGUUAUUAAAGACCAGAUAACUCUGAAUGUUUGUUCAUAACUUUGAGAGAACCUUGCCAGAACGUUUGCUAAAGUUCUGCUGGGUUCAUUCAUUCAUUCAUUCAUUCUGUUUGUUCUUCUAGAUCUUCUCAAACAUUAGAAAUAUCAAAUUAAACAUCAUUUGAAUGUC